GGCGUACUGAAGAACGACGACGGUCCUCCCGGUCAUGAGUCGCCCUACAUCUACGGCUUGUACCGUCACCUCACACAAGAUCUAGGUAGGUGGGAUGUGAAGGUCGUAAUCCCCAGCUCGCAGAAAUCAUGGAUCGGAAAGGCAUAUCAUAUCAAAGAUAUCAUUACCGGUCGCUACUACUACCCAAGAGAUCCCGGAGACGUUUCAUUGGCUGUGGCAGAUGGCGAGGGGGAGAUAUCCGAGACUUCUCGUCCUCUGAAGGACGGCGAAGUUGGAGAAUGGGUCCUCUUAGAUGGUACACCUGCGACCUGUGCUAACAUAGGCCUCCACAACCUCUACCAUGGCGACAUCGACCUUCUGAUCUCCGGACCUAAUCUCGGUCGCAACAGCUCCGCUGCAUUUGCGCUCUCCUCCGGAACUAUAGGCGCAGCGUUAUCUUCUGCGUUAUCCAAAAUCCGCUCCAUCGCUAUCUCCUACGGAACGGUUCACCAUCCCACCCCACUGAAUUACUAUGAUCCGGCCCAUCGCCUAGGGGCCCGUAUCAUCAAACACUUGUGGGACAACUGGGACCAGGACCAGGGCGGGCUGCGGCAGGGCGAGGUUGACCUCUACAACAUCAACAUUCCCAUGAUCGAGGGCCUCCUCGGCGACCCAGGCCUCCCCAUCUGCUGGACGCGCAUCUGGCGCAACUCGUAUGGUCGCCUGUUCAAGGCUCACAAAGAGCGCGACCCUGCGGCGAAGAAGACCAUCUCUGCGGCAGGGCCCGACUCCCCUGACGAAGAUCCGAAGGGCACUCGCACGGGUAUCGUAGACCAACAGACAACCCCGAAGGACGUCGGUGGAUUGGUGUUCAAGUUUGCUCCUGACAUGACAGACCUCAUCAGCCCUUCUAGCGUACCUGUCGGCACAGACGGAUGGGCCAUUCGGAAGGGAUGGGUCAGCGUUACGCCUAUGCGUGCCACAUUUGCCGAACCGAUUGAUUGGAAUGUAGAGUCGGAGGAGGAAAUCGAGAAGACGAAGGUAUGGAAAAUGAAGCUGUAG